UUGGUGCCUUUUGCCUGCCUUUCAAAGUGUGAGACCUUUAUCAAUAUCAACAAUCUCUCUCUCUCUCUCUCAAAUGGAGUCAUUUCAAAUGGCCAAAGACAGCACUCCUCUCUCCCUUUCACAAUGUUACAUUCUUCCGGAGGACAAGAGGCCGCAACUGUCAAAAGUAUCAACUUUGGCCUCAAUUCCCAUCAUUGAUUUGAGUGUUGAUCGCAUCAACAAACAUGGUCCAUCCCAGCUUCUACUUGAUAAAAUAUCACAAGCUUGUGAAGAGUAUGGCUUCUUCCAAGUCAUAAACCAUGGAGUCCCUCAAAACUUGUGCAAAAGCAUGAUGACUGCCGUUUCUGAUUUAUUCAAACUGCCUCCUCAAGAAAGGUCCAAGUUCUUCUCGGCAGACCAUACUAAAGAGGCCAGGAUUUCCAACUUCUACCUUAAAUUUCAAAACCAAGACAAGGUCACAAUGUGGAGCGAAAACUUCAGGCAUCCUUGGGAUCCUAAUGGAGAUUUCGUCACUUUGUUACCUGAAAAGCCUCCUCAUUAUCGAGAGGUUUCUGUUGAAUAUGCAAAGGAGAUUAAUAAGUUGAUGGAGAUCAUUUUCGGCCUAAUAUCUCUAAGUCUUGGCUUGGAGAAGAAUUGCUUACAAAGAAAGUUAGGUGAGAAGCCAAGAAUGAAAGCGCAAGCCAACUUCUACCCGCCAUGUCCAGACCCUGAGCUCACACUAGGACUGGCUGUUCAUACUGAUCUUUCAGCCCUCACAGUGUUGAUGCAAUCAGAGGAAGUGAAUGGUCUGCAAGUGAUCAAAGAUGGGAAAUGGGUUGAUGUUAAACCAUUCCCAGAUGCUUUUGUUGUCAAUCUCGGUGAUCAACUUCAGGUACUGAGUAAUGGAAGAUACAAGAGUGUACACCAUAGAGCUGUGACCAACAAAAUGUUACCUCGAAUAUCACUAGCUAUGUUCUAUGGACCAAACCAGAACACGUGGAUUGGUCCAAUUGAAGAGUUGAUUGAUGAAGAACACCCUCCUCUCUAUCGAAGAUAUAAGUUCUCAGAGUUUUUGGAAGAAUUUGAGAGACAAGAAGGAACAAGACGGAGGGUCAAGGAAGCUUUCGAGAUGCCGUACGUACGAUCAAUAAAUAGUUCAUCUUUUACCACUUGAUGAUGAUGCCAAAUAAAGGUGUCAUAAAUUAAGUUAUAAUAUGAAGAUAAAUUUUUAAGAUUAAUUUAAUGCCAUAAUUAAAAAAAUGUUCUUGAAUUUAUGUUUA